UGAGCAGAGUCGGUUGCGCCGCAGCGUUGAGUCGGUUGCACCUUCGGGGUCGCUGGUAGCCGCGGGAGCCGGGUGGGGCCUCGGCGAUGAUCCGGCGUUAAGAACCUGGAGUCACCUUGGGUCUAAGGUGUUUUGGGGGAAGUGUAGAGGCAACCCAAAAGAGCAUCUACUUGACUAGACCUUUUGCCCGGAAUCUCAUGAAGAAAUGAUAGGAGGCAGGCAUCCGUGCCUAAGAAGAGCACUGAGCUCAAAGGACAGCAACACAGAGUUCUGGGAGUGUACUUUGAGUUCCACCAGAUGCAGGAGUCUGAACAGCUCUCAUUGCUCAAAGUAAUUGAAAUUAAUAGCAGAAGACUUAGAGUACACCCGGGAAGCUCAUGCCAAAAACGGAUUCUAUCUUAUUGAAAGAUUUGUAUACAUCAAUGGCAGAAUCAUCCAGUGAUUCAGACCACUUCCGCUAUCGCAACCGAUUUAGUCGAUGGGCAACCAGGACAGUUCAAAGGGAAACUGGAAGUCAUCCUACAGUAGAUGUCACUGCGAAGGUCAACACGAUAACCAGUACUUUACAGGACACCAGCCGGAACCUGCAACAAGUGGAUGAGAUGCUUGGACGAUAUCGAGAAUAUAGCAUUGGACAUGCGGGUGCUAUUGAACAGUUAAAGGAAGAUUUGGAGCAGUCUAUAAGCCAACUGCGGAGUCAGCGCUUACAGAGAAACUCAGGAGGGAGAAGUGUUUCUGUUACCAGCCUGAGUGCAAGUGAUCUCGAUGGCGGCACCAUGGCAGAGAGUCUUCGCUUCACACCUACCUCACCGCUGAAGGACUAUGAUACCCAGGGUAUUAAACGAAACAGGUCCAGAACUGGGGUUCGGUUUAUUCGGGAGACAGAGGACAUGGUCCAGCUGCAUGCAUUUCAUCAGUCCCUCCGAGACCUCAGCAGUGAACAAGUUCGGCUUGGAGAUGAUUUCAACAAGGAGAUUUCCAGAAGAAGCCGGUCGGAUGCUGAAACAAAAAGGGUUUUGGAAGAACUGACUGAAAAGCUUAAUGAAGCCCAGAAACAAGAUGUGGUUUCAGAUCGAGUGGAGCGGCGGCUACAGGAAAUAGAAAGAGAGAUGCGCACAGAAAGAGAGCUGGUGGAAAGACGACAGGAUCAGCUGGGACUCAUGUCCUUGAAGCUUCAGGAGGCCCUGAAGAAACAAGAAGCUAAAGAAGAUGAGAAUGAGGACAUCAUGAAAAACAAGCUACGGCAAACUGAAACUGAGAAGAGUCAUCUGGAACAGGAAUUGGAGCUCUCUCGCAGGCUGCUGAAUCAAUCUGAAGGCAGCAGAGAAACACUUUUGCAUCAGGUGGAAGAGCUGCGUACUCAACUGACGAAAGCUGAAGGUGACCGGAAGGGCUUACAACACCAAGUAUCCAAGCAACACUCAAGCUGCCAAGAUGAUCAGAGAGAUGACUGGAGGUUUAGAAGAGGGGUAGAGCGGGAGAAACAGAGUCUGGAGAGGCAGAUGGCGGAGCUGCGGGUGCACCUGAACUUCAACGCCAUGGCUUCCGAGUUAGAGGAGGUGAAGCGGUGCAUGGAACGGAAGGACAAGGAGAAAGCCAGUUUGGCGGCCCAAGUAGAGACUCUAACACGUGACUUGGAGAACAGGGAAAAACAACAAUUGCAGAUGUUGGAUCAACUUAAGGAGAUCCAGAAUCACUUUGAGACCUGUGAGGCCGAUCGUAAGCACACUGACCUCCAGAUCUCAGAGCUGACUCACCACGCAGAGGAUGCGACCAAGCAGGCCGAACACUACCUUAGUGAAUUCCAGAGGUCAGAGGCCCUGCGAGAGGAGGCAGAGAAGAGGCGAGAAGACCUGAAAAUGAAGGCCCAGGACUCCAUCCGCCAGUGGAAGGUGAAGCACAAGAAGCUGGAGCGGGCCUUGGAGAAACAAGCUGAAACCCUUGACCAGCUGACAGAAAAGAACAAUCAGCUUCUAAAAGAGAAGGAUGAAUUGAAAAGCCAGUUUUAUGGAGCAUUACAACAGAUUGAGAAUCUCAGGAAGGAACUGAAUGACGUCCUAACCAAGCGUGCCAUGCAGGAGGAGGAGCUUCACUGUAAGGACCAGAAACUCAGCGAUGUUCAGUCUCACCAAGUUGAACUUGAACUGGAGGUCAAGAAUUCCCUUGACACCAUCCAUCGGCUGGAAAGUGAAUUGAAAAGACAGAGUAAGAUUCAAAACCAGAUAAAAGAUGAGAAGAUUCGCCUGGAGGAAGAAAUUGCAGAGCUAAAGAUGAGCCAGGCCCAGGACAAAGUCAAACUUCUUGAGAUGCAGGAGUCCAUCAAGGACUUGAGUGCCAUCCGAGCAGAUCUCGCCAAUAAAUUGGCCGAAGAAGAGAGAGCCAAGAAAGCUGUGUUCAAGGACCUUUCUGAACUGAUGGCCCAGGCCAAGUCUAAAGAGGAAGAAAUGGCUACCAUUAUCACACAGUUAAACUUAGAACGAGACGUUCACCAGAGGGAGCUGAAAGAUCUCACAUCCUCACUGCACAGCGUGAAAACGAAGCAUGAACAGAAUAUCCAGGAGCUGAUGAAGCACUUUAAGAAAGAAAAGAGUGAAGCAGAGAAUCAUAUCAGGACACUGAAGGCGGAGAGCCUGGAAGACAAGAAUAUGGCCAAAGCCCACCGCUGUCAGCUGGAGAAGCUGACGUCCCAGUGUGAGAAACUGACGGAGGAGUUAGCCCAGAAUGAAAAUGAGAACAGGAAACUGAAGCAGAAGUACCAGUGUCUGAAGGAGGAACUAGAGGAAAAGGAGAAACAUAUAAGUAAUGAAGAAGAGCACUUGAGGAGGAUGGAAGAGGCCAGGCUGCAGCUCAAGGAUCAACUUCUUUGUUUGGAGACGGAACAGGAAUCCAUUCUUGGUGUAAUAGGAAGGGAAAUUGAUGCAGCUUGUCAAACUUUCUCCAAAGACUCAGUGGAGAAAUUGAAAGUAUUUACCUCUGGGCCUGAAAUAAAUUAUGACCCACAUCGUUGGUUAGCUGAAAGCAAGACCAAGCUCCAGUGGCUCUGUGAGGAACUGAAAGAGAGAGACAGCAGAGAGAAGAACAUGCGGCAGCAGCUGAUGCUCUGCAGACAGGAGCUCAGGGACCUGACGGAGCACAAGGAGUCUGAGCUGCUCUGUCUGUUUGAGCACAUCGAGAGGCAGGGGCAGCUUCUGGAGGAGUUCCACCAGGAGAAGAGAGAGGAAAUAACUUUGAAAUUGAAGGCUGAAAAAAUGGAGAGGUCCUGUCUCUUCAGUCCUGCUGUGUUCCUUCCCUACUCUCAGUCCUGCUGUGUUCCACCCCUGCUCUCAGUCCUGCUGUUUUCACCCCUGCUCUCAGUCCUGCCGUGUUCACCCCUGCUCUCAGUCCUGCUGUGUUCCACCCCUGCUCUCAGUCCUGCCGUGUUCACCCCUCUCAGUCCUGCCGUGUUCACCCCUGCUCUCUCAAUCCUGCUGUGUUCCACCCCUGCUCUCAGCCCUGCUGUGUUCACCCCUGCUCUCAGUCCUGCUGUGUUCACCCCUGCUCUCAGUCCUGCUGUGUUCCACCCCUGCUCUCAGUCCUGCCGUGUUCACCCCUGCUCUCAGUCCUGCCGUGUUCACCCCUGCUCUCUCAAUCCUGCUGUGUUCCACCCCUGCUCUCAGCCCUGCUGUGUUCACCCCUGCUCUCAGUCCUGCUGUGUUCACCCCUGCUCUCAGUCCUGCUGUGUUCACCUCUGCUCUCUCAGUCCUGCUGUGUUCCUCCCUGCUCUCUCAGUCCUGCCGUGUUCACUCCCUGCUCUCUCAGUUCUGCCGUGUUCACCCCUGCUCUCAGUCCUGCUGUGUUCACCCCUGCUCUCUCAGUUCUGCCGUGUUCACCCCUGCUCUCAGUCCUGCUGUGUUCACCCCUGCUCUCUCAGUCCUGCUGUGUUCCCCCCUGCUCUCAGUUCUGCCGUGUUCCCCCCUGCUCUCAGUCCUGCUGUGUUCACCCCUGCUCUCUCAGUCCUGCUGUGUUCCCCCCUGCUCUCAGUCCUGCCGUGUUCCACCCCUGCUCUCAGUCCUGCCGUGUUCCACCCCUGCUCUCAGUCCUGCCGUGUUCCACCCCUGCUCUCAUCCUGCUGUGUUCCACCCCUGCUCUCUCAGUCCUGCUGUGUUCACUCCUGCUCUCUCAGUCCUGCUGUGUUCACCCCUGCUCUCUCAGUCCUGCUGUGUUCUUCCCUGUAUUCUAAUAUGUUGGCCUGCGACUGCCUUUCAUUUCUGUGA